UCUCAAACGCCGCCUCUGGUUCUUCCCCGCCUUUGCUUCCCUCUCCGGCGGCCCGUGGGGCGUGAGCACCCGCCCAGCGUCUGGUGUAGCAAUCGACACUUCGGAGUAGUUCGCCGGGCCUGGGCAGAGGGGCGCUGUAGCAGCUACUUCCGACGUGCCCGAAGCCCCAGGCGGAGUUUCUUUGUAGCGAUGGGCAGAGGAAGGAUCACGGCCCUGGCCGUGAGCGACGUCCGUUUCCCCACGUCUCUGGCCCACCAUGGCUCCGAUGCGAUGCAUCCUGACCCAGACUAUUCUGCAGCCUAUGUUGUAAUUGAAACGGAUGCUCCUGAUGGGCUCAAGGGUUAUGGAUUAACUUUUACACUGGGCAAGGGCACGGAAGUGGUUGUCUGUGCAGUCAAUGCACUCUCUGUUCACGUGGUUGAUAAAGACUUGAGCGAAAUAAUUGGUGAUUUUCGAGGCUUCUACAGGCAGCUCACCAGUGAUGGGCAGCUCCGAUGGAUUGGUCCAGAGAAAGGGGCCGUGCAUUUGGCCACGGCUGCUAUUCUGAAUGCCAUCUGGGACUUGUGGGCCAAACAGGAAGGGAAGCCUCUUUGGAAGCUGCUCGUUGACAUGGAUCCCAAACAGUUGUUAUCUUGCAUAGAUUUCAGAUAUAUUACUGAUGCGCUGACAGAAGAAGAAGCUUAUAAAAUACUUCAAAAUGGUCUGAUGGGGAAAAAAGAAAGAGAAGAACAAAUGUUAAAAUACGGCUACCCAGCUUAUACCACAUCAUGUGCCUGGCUAGGCUAUCCAGACGAUCAACUAAAACAGCUCUGCACUGAAGCUCUGAAGGACGGUUGGACCAGGUUCAAAGUAAAAGUUGGAGCAGAUCUCCAAGAUGACAUUCGGAGAUGCACGCUCGUUAGAGGAAUGAUUGGCCCUGAAAACAAGCUGAUGCUGGAUGCUAACCAAAGGUGGGAAGUGGACGAGGCCAUAGAGUGGGUAACUAAACUAGCUGAAUUCAAACCACUAUGGAUUGAAGAACCGACUUCUCCUGAUGAUAUUCUUGGGCACGCAACAAUUUCUAAGGCUUUAGCACCGUUAGGGAUUGGUGUUGCAACAGGAGAGCAAUGCCAUAAUAGAGUGGUGUUUAAGCAGCUUCUACAGGCCCAGGCCUUGAGUUAUGUGCAAGUGGAUAGUUGCAGGCUGGGAAGUGUCAAUGAAAACUUGUCUGUGCUGCUGAUGGCCAAAAAGUUUCAAACCCCUGUUUGUCCUCAUGCUGGAGGGGUCGGGCUCUGUGAGUUGGUACAGCACUUGAUAAUAUUUGACUACAUUUCAGUAUCUGGUAGCCUUGAGAACAGGAUGUGUGAAUACGUAGACCAUCUACACGAACACUUCAAGUAUCCUGUAGUAAUCAUGAAUGCUUCCUAUAUGCCACCCAAGGCAGCUGGAUAUUCUUCUGAAAUGAAAGAAGAUUCUGCAAGGAAAUACCAGUUUCCAGAAGGGGAAGUUUGGCAAAAACUCCUGGCUGACCAUAAUACAACUAAAAUAAGUUAAACACAAAGUUUUCAGGCUGAAGAUUAAAUUCCCCAGAGCUAUUUUUACAACUCAAAUAGUUGUUUUUGCUGAAGCUACAUGAAGGUUUCAGAUUCAAAUGAAUGCUUUUAGAAAGCUUUUCCCCGCUUGCAUAUAACAAAAAUAGUUUGCAGUCUCAGUUAUAGAACUCAUAGGAACCUUUUAAUAGUUAAGCAUAAAGGGUAUAUGAUUCACUUUUCCUGGAGCUUUUCCAGAGACUACAGGAUUAUAUAACGAAAGAUCACACUUUUGAUUGUAUCUGCCAAGUUUAGAAGUUUAAAAUAAAGUAUGAGUAGAUGUCAUGCUAU